GAAAGAGGCGCGGAGAACUUCAAAAACCCUAACGAGUUGCAUAAAGCACUAUAUAUACAUUUCUUAAACCCUCACAUCCAUUUCUCUCAAUUCAAUUUCUCUUCCUCCUUUUUCCCCUUAGCUUUUCUCUUCGGUACCUGCAAAUGGACUCACCAAUGGAGUUUUGGGGUGUUGAGGUUAAGGUUGGGCAAAAUGUGAAGGUUGAUCCCAUGGAUCCAGUGAGUGCGUAUAUACACAUUUCUCAGGUUGCCCUUGGAGAGGCGAAAAAGGAAAAGGCAAAUGAACCUGUGGUUGUGUACUUGAAAGUUGGUGAUCAGAAGAUUGUUUUGGGAACCCUUAAAAAGGAUGAUAUCCCUCACCUUUCGUUGGAUUUGGUUCUCGACUCUGAUUCUGAGCUUUCGCACUCUUCGAAAAGUGCCAGUGUAUUUUUUUGUGGAUACAAAGUUCUGACGGACGACGGUAACAUUUCUGACUUUUCUGAUAGUGAAGAGGAGGAGGAGGCUCUUCCCUUGAAAGGUCAAGAUAAUGGUAAAUUCUUCCUCUCCUGUAACAAAAAGCUGAAGGAGGGGCAAGGUUACGCAAUCCCCUCUAAACCUGCUUCCGUGAAAGGUGCAUCUGUAAAACAAAUAAAGACUGUUGAUCCAAAGAAAGAGGAUGAUUCUGAUUCUGACGAAUCUGACGAUGAGCUUACUGGUAAUGAUGAAUCUGAUUCUGACGAGAUGGAUGAUGGUAGCGAUAGUGAUGAGGGUGAAAGUGAGGAAGAGACCCCUGCGAAGAAGGUAAGAUAUUUAUUUCUGCUGUAACAUGUAUAUAUUUUU